GAGUAUUGGCUUGGAAUUUCAUGUUCUUGCAUCAAAAUUGCUCUUUGGAGCUCAAAAUCAAAGUACUAAUGGUUAAUUCUUAGUUUUGGUUUUGAUAACUGCAUAGUGAAUGAAAGUCAGGUUAGCUGUUGUGUCUUUGAUUGAUUAUAUUAAAAAUGGGUCAUUUUCAAUUUGAGCCAGAAAGAAUUCAUAUUCCUGCAGAAAUGAAUUGAUUUUUGAGGAUAUCACUGCUACAGAUUGUCUCUGUAUCUUCAGCGAAUUGAGUUCUAGCUUCUAAACACAUGGAGUUAAUUUUUGUUUAGAUACAUAUACUCAUAUUUCUGUGCAAUUUGUUUUUGAUUUGGGGGAUUUCAUUUUUGAAAUACUGUUGCAGGGAAUUAGAAAUUGUUUUUGAGUUCGGGUAUUGUAACCCGUAAAGUUGGUUCCUUGGUGGGUUUAUUUUUCUUCAAUGUUCUAAUGAGGAUGUGCUUCGUCGUGGAGAUAAGCAAAUAAUUCGAAAGUUGACAUAAUCAAGAAUCAGGAUUUCAAGUUCAAGGAAGUGGGAGUUUGUUGAGCUUGAGAGUCAUUGAUUAGUCAGUUGGGUUCUGCGUAUAAUCAUGGAGAAAGAGAGCAGUCCCCCUGCACCUAGAAUGGAGAAACAGAAGAGUUUUCAAGGUAUAACGGUUGAAAAGGAAACCAGCACACAGGGAGUAAUGGAAAAACAGCAGAGUUUUAAACAACCAGCUAUCAGAGUGAUGGAAAAACAGCAGAGUUUCAAAGGUUUUAUGGAGAAGCAGAUGAGCUUUCGUGUAGCGAUGGAGAGGCAGCUUAGCUUCAUUGGAGUUGGUGAGAGGAGAAAAAACAGGGAUUCACCUGGAAAGAGAGGUGACUCACCGCUUCAUUUGGCAGCACGAGCAGGGAAUUUGAGCAGAGUAAGAGAGAUUCUUCAGAAUUGUGGUGGUAUCAGUGCUACGGAAGUUUUGUCAAAGCAAAACCUAGAAGAGGAGACUCCCCUUUAUGUUGCAGCAGAGACUGGGAAUGCUCUAAUUAUUGCAGAGAUGUUGAAACAUAUGGACCUUAAGACUGCAUCAAUCUCGGCAAGGAAUGGCUAUGACGCCUUCCAUAUUGCAGCAAGGCAGGGUCAUGUUGAUGUGUUAAAGGAACUUUUGCAUGUAUUCCCCAACUUGGUCAUGACCACAGAUUUGUCAUGCACAACUGCCUUACACACUGCUGCAGCCCAAGGGCACAUAGAAGUAGUCAAUCUUCUUUUAGAAACCGAUUCAAACCUGGCUAAGAUAGCUAAGAACAAUGGUAAAACUGCCCUCCAUUCAGCUGCAAGGAUGGGACACUUGGAAGUAGUGAAAGCCUUGCUUAACAAGGAUCCAAGCGCUGGCUUUAGGAUAGACAAAAAAGGCCAAACUGCAUUACAUAUGGCUGUGAAAGGUCAACAGGAAGAGAUGGUGCUAGAAUUGCUUAAACCUGACCCCUCAGUUUUGAAUUUGGGAGACAAUAAGGGAAAUACCGCAUUGCACAUUGCCACAAAGAAGGGCCGUCCACAGAUGGUUGGUUGCUUGGUAUCCAUUGAGGGUAUUAAUGUCAAUGCACUAAACAAAUCUGGAGAGAGUCCACUUGACAUAGCAGAAAAAUUUGGAGCCUCUGAAAUUGUUACCAUCUUAAAGGAAGCAGGAGCAUAUAAUUCAAAAGACCUGGGAAAGCCUGCAAAUCCAGCCAAGCAACUUAAGCAGACUGUCAGUGACAUAAAACAUGACGUCCAGUCCCAACUCCAACAAACCCGUCAAACUGGUUUCAGCGUCCAAAAGAUUGCAAAGAGACUUAAGAAGUUGCAUAUUAGUGGCCUGAACAAUGCUAUAAACUCUGCAACUGUUGUUGCUGUUCUCAUUGCUACCGUUGCUUUUGCUGCCAUCUUCACAGUGCCAGGACAGUAUGUUGAAAAGGAAGAAGUUGGGACUACACGUGGGCAGGCUCACAUAGCUGAUAAUGCUGCAUUUCUUGUCUUUAUUGUUUUUGAUAGCCUUGCAUUGUUCAUCUCUCUGGCUGUUGUUGUUGUCCAGACAUCAGUGGUGGUGAUUGAACACAAGGCAAAGAGGCAGCUUGUUUUUGUCAUUAACAAGCUCAUGUGGCUGGCAUGUCUUUUCAUUUCGGUUUCAUUUAUUUCCUUGACGUAUGUGGUGGUCGGGAAUCAUUCUCAAUGGCUUGCUGUGUUUGCAACUGUUAUUGGAGGUUCUAUCAUGCUAACCACAAUUGGUGCGAUGUUUUAUUGUGUCAUUGCACAUAGAAUGGAGGAGACAAAGUUAAGAAAUAUAAGGAAAGCUGAGAGUCGUUCCCUUUCUUACUCUAUGUCUGUGGUUUCAGAUUCUGAGUUUCUGAAUGGCGAAUACAACAAGAGGAUAUAUGCACUUUAAUACCAGGAGAAACAGACGAAGUAUAGAGCCCCAACAGUCUAUAAUUCUUCCAUAUGUUCAUGAACUAAGGUGUUGGGUGAAACUGAGUUUUUGGGCGGAGCAAUUGAAAUGAGAUAAAUUUGGAUUGCCAUCUAGUAUAUUUGAAAGCUUCCUUUCAGGAUGGAGGGGUUGCUCUCUUUUUUCAGUUUUGAAGUUGCUUAAUUCAGAUCAGAAUCUAAACUUAACUUUUGCUGAUUUUGAGAUUGCUGCUAUGGAGCUCAGGUCAGAAUCUGAAUUUGAUUUUUAGUCUGCCAACGGAUUCAUCUGAAGCACAAGAAUUGUCAAAAAUGAUCCUGGGCCCCAAUCUCUAGUUUUGACUUCUUUUGUAAACCAUUUUAUGUGGAAAUAUUGUGAGUUGUAACAGCAUGUGAUGUUCGUAAGUAAUCUAGAAGAGCCUUUCUUAAAUCGCAUUUUCUGUUCCU